AUGAAACCAAUCGUGAUAUCAGGCCCAUCAGGAGGAGGUAAGAGUACCGUGAUUGCAAAAGCAAUGGAAGAAUAUCCUAAUGGUUUUGCAUUUGCAAUUUCACAUACGACACGAAAACCACGGCCUGGAGAGGUUAAUGGAAAGAAUUAUUGGUUUGUAACCGAGGAAAAAUUUAAGGAAAUGAUCAAAGAUAAUGAAUUCUUAGAGUAUGCAACUUUUGGUGGCAAUAUGUAUGGGACAUCGAAGAAGGCAUUGGGCGAUGUAUCGAAAGCAGGAUGUGUAUGCAUCCUAGAUGUAGAACUUCAGGGCGUUCGAAGUAUACACAAAUGUGGAUUGGAUGCAAAAUAUAUUCUGAUCAGGGCGCCAAGUCUAGAAAUAUUGGCUGAGUUAAAAGUCACUGUCAGCCUGAUUUACUGGAUUUGUUCUGACUUGUUUCUGGACUUGUUUGCGGAAAUACAAAUUUUUGCCAUAAAUAAAUUAAGAUAUCAGGAGCAGCGCUUGCGUGCUCGCAAAACAGAGACUGAAGAGUCUCUAAAAAAACGAAUGAAACAUGCAGAAGACGAUUUAAAUGCUGUGGAUGCCGAGCCUGGUUUAUUUGAUUUUGUGAUAAUAAACGAUGAUUUCGAACGGGCCUAUAAUGAUUUUAUAAAGGCUAUUGAAGAAGAAUUAGCCGAACUCAUGUCUCUUAAACACGGAGUUAAAACACAUUAA